UCGCAAAUUUUUAUCCAAUGGUGGUUGCUACUUGUGCGUGUCUCUGCAGAUCUAGCUAAUUUUAAUUGAAAAGUGCAUUCAAUUGCUUCUGUUGACAAGUUAUGUUCCAGUAAAUACAUGCGAUCGUACUAAAUUUAUAUUAAAAAGGUAUAUUUUCAUACACGUUAUCUCAAGUGGGCCCUGGAGUACGAUUCCUUUCCCUCGAAUCGGCUUAUUGUUCCCACAGCCUCCAUUGGUAGAUUAUAGAAAAUCAAGAAUCAGCCAAGAUGGAUGUACGCGCGAUCGAAGAGGCUGUAAUAACAUUUUAUCGAAGCGGAAACCAGCAACAGCAAGGCGAAACUCAUCAGUGGCUACAGCAAAUUCAAGAAAGUCCCCAAGCAUGGUCAUUCUGUUGGGAUUUAAUGCAGCUGAACAAACCCUCUGAGGUUCAAUUUUUCGGAGCCAUCACCUUGCACUCAAAGCUUACUAAACACUGGGCCGAGAUUCCGAAGGAGGCGCAUGUUGAAUUCAAGCAAAAACUGCUAGAAAGUAUCGUCCUUUUUGGUAAUGGACCAAAAAUUGUUCUCAGUCAGUUAUGCAUUUCGCUUAGUGUUUUCAUCGUCCACAUGCUGGAACACCAGACAGUCAUCGAAGAUGUAACCAAUAUGUUUCUAAACGAUCAGCUGGGUAACUUAUCCAAAAACACCCAACUUGAAAUUCUAAUGUCUGUUCUAGAAGGCAUUCCUGACGAGGCUGACUCCGUCCAUACGCAGAUACCUCGCUCACUAGUUCGUGAACAGCUAAACAAAAAAGCUGCAUUUGCCACCGGUACCGUUGUAACCUAUCUCAGUGAAAAACUUAACGGUACACGCAUUGACGAAAGUGAAACCACCGUGCUCAUCAACGCCACCAAAAGUUUAACCACCUGGCUCAAAUAUGGAAACGUUCGGCUGGAUGAUUGUGAAUCAAUGGUCCAAGUUUUGCUCAAACUUAUUCAUUAUUGCUACUGGAAAGAACCGAAGGAGGACGGUUGCAUGUCCCAGGAUGAUAGCGAUUUGGCAGAAGCAGCCGUCAAAGUAUUAGUAAAAAUAGUCACAUCACAAACGAGCAAUGGAAAUAAGUUUUCAACAACUGUGGUACGGUACAUGAAGUUGUUUUUGGACGUAUUGAAUCCUAUAUUGGACGCCGAAUGGAAAGAGAACAAUGAAAAUGAAAAUUUAGCGUUUAUUAUCUACACGUUAUUUCUUUCAACGCUUGAGUGCUACACUUCAGUUAUUUGUGCGGGUAUUUUGUCAGAAAACGAGGAUUUGACCAAAAUGUACACCAACACGGUAGAUCUGUUGAUUAAAUGUACCAAUAAACCAGGCACUUAUCCGGUCGACGAGUCUUGCAGCACCUUGGCAAUGGAAUUUUGGUACAUGCUUCAAGAUGAAGUCUUCUCUAUGCCAAACGAUGACCGAAAAGCUAAAUGUUGGGAAGCGAUUAAACCGGUUUACGCACACAUUGUCAGAGUUUUGAUACGCAAAAGUCAGUUGCCAAACGAAAAAACAUUACAUCGAUGGAAUUCGGAUGAUUUGGAAUCGUUUCGGUGCUACCGGCAGGAUAUUGGCGACACGCUCCUUUCUUGUCAUGACGUAUUGAACGAUUUAAUGCUUGAUAUCCUCUCGGAGGCAUUAGACGAGUCUAUUAUGUACCUAAACUAUGACCCACAAAACGUGGACAACUGGCCAUUGUUAGAGGCAACCGUGCAUGCGUACUGUUCAAUUGCUCAGAAAAUUGAAUACGCAGAGUACCCACAAGUUGUUAAAUUGUUAAAAGUAUUGAACGAAAUACCUUAUGAAAAGUACAGCGACAAACUGUUGGGAAUGGCAUUGGAAACUGCUGGUGCUUUUAGUGAUUGGAUCAGCGACAAUCCCAAAUAUCUACCACCAGCAAUCGAGCUUCUGGUAAAAGGUUUGACAUCAAGCCAAGCAUCUCAGGCUACAUUAGGCUUAAAAGAUCUUACCUCAGAAUGUCAAAAAGAGAUGGCCCCUUACGCUCUGCCGUUGUUGGACGCAUGUCGUGCAGCUUUGUCAAGUGGACGUUUGAAGAACGCUGAAAUGAUCCGUUUGAUGUACACAGUCGGCAACAUAAUGAGUGUUAUUUCAUAUGAGAAUAUAAUACACUACUUGGAUCUUAUGGUUUCUCCAUGCUUUGAAGAACUUCAGAUGAACGUUCAAAAUCAAGACAAAAGUGAGGCGGCCCGGGGGAGGGUGAUUCUUAGAUUGGAAAUGGUAUCCAAGUUGUUUUCUUCGCUCAACACUCGAAAGCCGUCAGAAAAAGAUGGGGAUUUACCUGGACCAGCUCAGAACAUACAGCAUCCCAUGGUGGCAUCGCAAGUGCAACCAAUUUUACUUAUUUUGGAAAAGACUAUGCCGUUGUUAAAGAAUAUUUGCAGUCUUUGGUUGCACGAGGAAAGCGUGGUGGAGACACUUUGCAAAGCAUUACAACAAGCCUUGACAAACUUGAUGGAGGACAUCAAACCACUGCUUAACGACAUUUGUUGCUUAAUUUUGCUUGUUUUUGGUAACAAAUGUGCUCCCUCAGCUGUGGAAAUGGCAGGAAAUUGUAUUCUAAUUUUUUACCAUGAUUUGGAAUGUCGUGAAAACAUGAAGCAGUUGUUUAAUGCCAUUUUGGAGUACAACUUUGGUCAAAUGCAGCAAUACGACGAACAGCAGAAGCUCUCCGAUGUGUCAGACUUAAUAGAGACAUUCUUUUCGUUCAACACCAGAAUAACCAAGAAAAUGCCCGUCUGUUACGACGCCGUACAAGCCGACUGUUCGAGAUUGAUAGAUUAUGCCAUGAAAAGCAUGAUGCUUCCGGAAACAGGUCCUAUCAAAAAGAGCGUCCAGUUUCUGUCAGUGUUCAUCAAGGAAUCUCGAAAUCAUCCUUUGAUGAUGAAUUCGGUUGUAGGGCAGGCAGAGAAUAUUUUGCGAACAACGUUCUUGUGUCUGGGUGGAUAUACACCGCGGGCUCAUGUAGAUGUGUUUGCAGACAUUUUACUCUCUCUCAACUGCAAAUAUCCAAGCGAUUUUCCCCGAUGGAUAAGAAUUCUCGAAAAGCCAAAUUUCCCAACAUUUUUUGUCAGCCCAGCAGAUAAGGAACUGUUUGUUAAAAAAGUUUUAAAGGAAAAGGUCAACCGAAGACUGGUGCAAGAGCAUGUACGCAAGUUUGCCGCUAUGUGUAGGAACGCCGUAGAAUGGGAUAUUGAUUUUAGGGCUAGUUAGGUCCGUUGAGAUUAAGCUGAAACAUUAAUAAUGAAUGCGCCUAUCAAGAAACCAGCACAGGAAUCAAAAGCCUGUUGACCUCAACAUUGACAAAGCACUCAAAGCCGCGACGAACGGGUUCUCUUUAUUGUGAAUGUGAUUUUAGAAUGUAGGUUUUAAAUGGAGACUAAUUAUAAUCGAUUUGUUUCGAUUAAAAUUGAAAAAAUGAGCGUGGUGUGGAAACAAAAAAAUGUUUCAGUCAACAGCUUUUGUUCGAUUUUUUUUUUCUGCGUACUCUCCAACAGUCGAAAAGUGAUACGUACCAGUUGCUGUAAUAUUAGGUCAACUUUGAUGUCGAUGUGGAAAAUACAUAACGUAGUCAGUAAAUAAAUUUUAUUUUAACAUA